AGUCAUGUGAUGUUCAAAAUGGCUUACAACUGAAAACGUGAGUUAUUAACAAACUGAAACUGCUCGUGAAAUAAUUGAGAGAAACUCAUGUGUAGAUGAGGCUGACAUUAUGCAAUAGCAACUGGUGACAUGAAAAUGCGAAAAAGUCUUGCGUUUCAGGAUUUGGACAGUAUUCCCGAAGAGCUCGUUACGAGGGAGGGUGAAUCUUUACAAGAAAUAGAUCUGACUCAUAACAAGAUUUCAGACUUGCGAUUCCUAUUAGACUUUCCUCAGCUAACCUGCCUAGUGCUAGAUCACAACAGCAUUGAAUCCCAUGUGAAGAUAGCAGCUGCUCCAAAUCUGCAGACUUUGUGGGUGAACCACAACAAAAUAAAAAAUCUGGGUCUGUUUAUCUCCACCCUAUGUAAGUCCUGUCCAAACCUCAAAUAUCUGUCCAUGAUGAACAAUGAGGCAGCUCCCAGCUACUUCAACGGAGGAACGUAUCAGCAGUAUGCAGACUAUAGACAUUUUGUUAUUGCCCAUUUUCCAAAGCUGGAGAUGUUGGAUGACAAGAAGAUAGAGGACAGCGAGAGAUCUGAGGCCAAGAGAAUCUAUGGACGCAAGACCUCCACUUCAAGGCAGAAAUCAUCAAGAAAAAAAUCAGAGACAUAAUUCUUGAUAUUUUGUGAUUGUUAAUUUUUGGAGUUGUCAUCAUGAACAAUGCAAAAGCUUGCCAAACAAGCAAUGGAUUUUGCCAGAGUACAUUACUUCAAGCAGGGGAAUGGAAAGAUGUGGGUUUUUUCCCCUUUAAAAUUUCAUUUUUACAACUUUAGCAGAUUGUGCUACAUGUAUAAGCAUGCUGUAGAUAUUGGCAAAAGCAAAGCUUCUUGUCAAGUUGAUGUAGUACGUACAUAUUUACACAAAGAGUGUAUGCUUUAAUAGUACUACAUGUAUUUAUUAGAUAUAGAUUAUAGUUGUUGUCUUAUUGUUCAUGUUAUUAAACAAGUUGGAAAGAAAAUAAACAUUGAAAUUCG